AUGACUCAUGAUUGCAAGAGCAGGCCACAGAAUGAAUUCUUUGUUCCUCCUUUGGACAGGUGACAUUUAAAGAGUGGUUAUUUUAGUUACCGUAGACUUCCUAUCAGCUUGAACCAGUCUGGCCAUUCUCCUCUGACCUCUCUCAUCAACAAGGUGUUUCCAGCUGCAGAACUGUCGCUUACUGGAAGGGUUUUUUUUGUUUUGUUUUUCGCAACAUUCUGUGUAAACUCUAGAGACUGUUUACAUGAAAAUCCCAGGAGAUUAGUGGUUUCUGAAAUACUCAAACCAGCCCAUUUGGCACCAUGAUAUGGUUAAAGUGACAGUGAUCACACUUUUUCCACCAUUCUGAUGUUUGAUGUGAAUAUUAACUGAAGCUUUUGACCUGUAUCUGCGUGAGUUUAUGCAUUGCGCUGCUGCCAUUGGCUGAUUGGAUAACUGCAUGAAUGAACAGGUGUACAGGUGUUCCUAUUGAAGAAGCCAAAUCUUUUUUGUUAUAUUAAACUAUAAGAAGUAAUAUUUCUGGUUGGUCAGAAUGACAGCCAAUGACAGUAAAGGACCGUCAGCCAAUGACAGUAAAGGACCGUUCAUAAAAACCCCAUCUCGCAUCAAAAAUCUCCAUAGCAGCUUACUGAUUCAUCUACGAUAUCACUGUCAUUGUGCAGAACCAUGAGCAGGAACUUCUUGUCCAUGAACGAAGAGCUCCGUAAGGGAGACUUCCUGUUAUCCAACAACCGAGAGUACAAGGCAAUCUUUCAGGAGGAUGGGAACUUUGUGGUCUAUGGCUGGAGACCUCUGUGGGCAUCUAACACGUAUGGCAAUACCGACGCCCAACGGCUGAUCAUGCAAGGAGACUGCAACUUCGUCAUGUACACGCCGGACAGACCCGUGUGGGCCACCAACACCAGCCGGAAGGACGCCAAAAUGUGCCGUCUGGCUCUGGGCAACGACGGCAUUCUAAUGGUCGAUAAUGAUGGGGCUGUGGUGUGGAAAUCUACUAAGUCUAAUUAAAAGCAAUGAAGCAAUCUUGUCUCAAAACUCUCUGCAGCUGUCAGGAAAGUUAUAAAAUAAAUCAGUAAA